UGGACUCGCGGUUAUUCAAGCAACAACGAUGUCGGUUAUAUGAAUGAAUCUGAACUGAGCGAGCUUUCCGAUAAUAAAGUUCUUCUGCUGCAGACGGACUUGUUACAGAGAACAAUGAUGAGUUUAGUGGAACGAAAGGAUAAAGAAUUGGAACGAAAGGAUAAAGAAUUGGAAAGCAAGAAUAAAGAACUUUUGAGUUUAAUGGAAAGCAAGGAUAAAGAAAUGUUUAGUUUAAUGAAAAGCAAGGAGAAAGAAAUGUUGAGUUUAAUGGAAAGCAAGGAGAAAGAAAAGUUGAGUUUAAUGGAAAGCAAGGAGAAAGAAAAGUUGAGUUUAAUGGAAAGCAAGGAGAAAGAGCAUAAGAAAGAACUUUCGAGUUUAACGAAUGAAUUUAAUGAGGUUAAAAAUUUAGUAGAAAACAGAACACAAAGUCUAUUGCAAAUGAAGAAUAUGGUUAACGUAAGGGGUGCCUUGGAAUUUAUUCGCGCGCAGAUUUUGAAAAAAGAUAAGUCGAUCGUCUUUACAGAACCUAUAGAUAAGGCUCUGAUGCGCUUAUCUCAAGAUAAAGAUUUCAUCAAAAUUUUAAAGAAAGCGUGUGAAGAUAAUGGUCUUCGGUACGACGACGUUCAGCAUUGUAUUAGGGGCCUCUACCAUUCUGCGUCAAAACACUUCCAUGGACAUGAACCGCAGAUUGUGAUUGAUUCGCGAUCUUGGACGUCUAAUGAAGUAUUUGUGCUAGGCAUUAUUUUUCGCCAUUUCAAAAUUCCAUUUUCAUAUUGUAAUGGAGAUGGUCAGCCAGAUUAUUACCCCUAUAAAUUGUAA